GGUAGCCUGUUCACAGUGAAAGAAGAGGGAGAGAGAGAGAGAGAGAGAGAGAGACCUACUACUGCAAGCUAGCUCUCCAAAGAGGCAAGGGCAGGGUGCUUGCACCCCUGUCCCUCCUGCUGCCACCACCAUGAGGGGCAGACUUAAGGGUCCAUGGAUUUUCCCCUUACUCUUAGCUGGCUUAAUUCAGCCAAAUUUGGGACAGGAACGACAGAAGGUGGACUGCUAUGACUCAAUACAAGGAACAGUGUAUAACUACGGGGCUCUCUCCAUACAUGGUGAUGAGUACAUCCCCUUCCAGAAGUAUGCAGGGAAGCUGCUUCUCUUUGUCAAUGUGGCCACUUACUGAGGACUCACAAUGCAAUACCUUGAACUGAAUGCACUACAAGCAGAACUGGGACGCUACGGAUUAGUCAUCCUUGGCUUCCCCUGCAAUCAAUUUGGAAAACAAGAACCGGGUGAAAACUCGGAAAUCCUUCCAGGCCUGAGGUAUGUCAGACCUGGAGGAGGUUUCACUCCAAAUUUCCAGCUCUUUCAGAAAGGAGAUGUGAAUGGGGAGAAGGAACAGAGAAUUUACACCUUUUUGAAGAACUCCUGCCCUCCUGUUGUCGAAAACUUUGGUGAGCCCAGUAAACUUUUCUGGUCACCUAUGAAGAUCCAUGAUAUAAAGUGGAACUUUGAGAAGUUUUUGGUUGGAACAGAUGGGAAGCCUGUGAUGAGAUGGUACCACAGGGCAAACGUUGCUACUGUGAAGAAUGAUAUCCUAAGAUAUAUGAGGAAGCAGAACUUGUUGUACGGAUAGAGUGCAUACAGAUGUAGAGAAAUGAGACGGAGGCAAGGGAAGGAGCCUGUUCCUAUAUCUAGAAUUAUACCUUUUCUGAUAAAAAUGAACAAGGAUUUGAACUUCUGUUGAUCAAAGCCAACAAAAUUGUAAGCGCAACUGCUUUUUUAAAAAUUCACACAUGUUCAUGCUGUGUUGUUGUGUGUAACCUACCAAACACACUGAACACACACAAAAAAGUUGACUUCUGCUUUGAUCAUCCAGAACUAUAGUUUUAACUUCCAUCUUUUACAUGCAAGAUCUACCCCCCCUAUACUCACUGAGAUUUUGUUUUACUAAUCCAUUGCAUCUGGAGGCCAUCAGUAAAACAGGAUUUUGUUGCUAACUGUUCUCAAGUCAGCCCUGACUCAUGACGACCCUAUGGAUAAGACAUCUCCACACCUCCCAUCUUCCAUUGCUCUGGUUAAAUCCUAUAGAUUCAGGCCAAUGAACUCCUUGACUCUAGCCAUCUGUUGCACUAGUUAAAAUUUCUUCUAUGGCUUCCCAAAGGAUAUUUAUGAUAAUAAAGUCAUGGCAGAGUAUGGUUGCUUCAUUAAUACAUUUAAGAAAAAAAUGUAUUCAGCAACAUUUAGCCAUUGAACAUUGUAAAGCAAGUCACAGUCACAUUUAGCUGUAUUAAGAUGUUAACUUGUGACAUCAUAAAGACUAGAUUUGUUGUGACAUAAGCUACCUUAGACUCCUUCCUACCUUAGACUACUUCCCCUAAUUUUGCCCACUAGCCUUUGUUUGCAAACCAUUGCUAAUAAUCUAGCUAUGCCGCUUCUGAAGGAAACAUAAAUCCCUCAGUAAUAAAUGGAAUCAACAUUUCAGGUAUUUCUGGAUAAGGCACAGCCUACCUUCUAUCUGAACAACAGAAUGGAUCCUCCCACAUAGAGAGUGUAUGGACAAAGUUUCUUGAAACUGUUAUGUCUCCUCUGAAAGUGGGUGAGAAGAAAAAGAGUUCUGGGGGCAAGGAAGAUGCAUCAGUGUGAUGGUUAGGUCUGAAAGCUUCCAAAAAGAGUGGACCUGGCCUGAGGCUGCAAGAUCAUGGGGUAGCCUUUCAGUGCAUUCAGGCUGCUUCACAAUUUUGCAGAGAUGCAUUUCUUCUUAUCAGCCCCCAAGCUCCUUUGGCUUCUGUGCCCAUCCUGUGUAUAAAAACUGCCUAAUAAAAACAGGAAACACUCAAUGCAA